AAACUUCUGUACCACCAUUCCGGAAACAAAUGACUGUUCAAAACUGUUAAAAAAUAAUACAUGUGCAUCAACAUGUGCUAGUAGCAGUAUGAGAGACAUUCUGACAGUCCGUUUGCAUUGAACAUAUGCAAAAAUCUAAACUAGGUAAAUGACCUUAUACAACAUCCAUACGGCAAGUUCAACCUCAGAAUUAAUCCUCGUGAAGUAAACAGUGGACUGGGUGCACCAUCUCAUGUGAAGGAAAAAGUUCCUGAUUUGUAAUUUUUAGUUAGGAAUUUCAAUGCAAGGGAAUUCGAGAAUGCUGAAUAUAGCAAAAAUGCAGAGAUUGCAAUGGAAUUCAUUAUGCUCCAAACAAUUGCCCAUAGCACUAGCAAAUUUCAGUCAUCUCCAAAGUGUUCAUGUUGGACUCCUCGAGAAUAAGUUCAACAAUAGCAAGUUGCACUGUAGAAGAUACAGACAUGUCAUGCCAUCCAUGUUGAAAAAUCAGAACAGGACAUGUUGUGAAAAUCUGACUGAAAAAUCAGUGUGUGUAGCCCUGCCAACAGACAAAGUUUUGUGGAGACAGUGCUGUGAGUUUCAUGCGAUGAAUUUGAAUUCACGUGGAGAGAAAGCAUCAAUAGGAAACACUCAUUGCUUAAAGAAUGUGAUAAAUAUCCAGAGGAGACAUUUCAACCUUUCUCCACAGGGAAUAUUGACAGCUUCGCCUUCAGGACUUCAACCCUACUUGAGACUGAUACGAUUUGACAAACCUAUUGGAACAUGGUUAUUAUUUUGGCCCUGUACAUGGAGUAUUGCCCUGGCCACAGCUCCUGGCAGCCUUCCAAGUCUGUGGCUACUAGGUCUAUUUGGCGCUGGCUCGUUUUUCAUGAGGGGGGCGGGCUGUAUCAUCAAUGACAUGUGGGACAAGGACUAUGACAGAAGAGUGGAGAGGACAAAGUUACGCCCCUUGGCCUCUGGGGAGUUAACACAGUUUCAGGGUCUGAUGUGUUUAGCUAGCAUGUUGUCGGUUUCCCUGGGAAUACUGUUACAGCUCAACUGGUACAGUGUGGUCCUUGGUGCAGCAUCAAUGGGACUGGUGAUCACAUAUCCUCUUGCCAAAAGAUACACAUUCUGGCCACAGGCAUUACUAGGACUGACCUUUAACUACGGAGCUCUGCUUGGCUGGUCGGCUGUCACAGGUUCAGUAGACCCUCUCUCUGUCCUUCCUCUGUAUCUUAGUGGCUUUUGUUGGACCAUGGUUUAUGACACCGUAUAUGCCCAUCAAGAUAAGUAUGACGACAUGCUGAUAGGAGUGAAGUCCACGGCUCUGAAGUUUGGGGAUCAGACCAAGGUGUGGUUGACCGGGUUUGGGACAGCUAUGGUGUCUCUGCUGGCUCUCAGUGGGAAGAUGUGUGACCAGACCUGGCCCUAUUAUACAGCAGUCUCACUGACAGCAGCUCAUAUAGCACAUCAGUUGUAUACAGUAGACUUGGAUAAUCCUGAUGACUGUGCUAGAAAAUUUCGCUCCAACACCCAACUUGGUUUUGUGAUGUUCCUGGGAAUUGUUUUAGGAACUCUUCUGAAGAAGGAGGAAGGAACUUCAAAUAAGACCCUUGAAGAAAACUGAUGUGUUCAGUAACUACGAAUUUUAUCUAUACUUCCGUAUCAAAUUAAAGAAUGACUGAAGUUUUUUUUAUUACAAGCUGUUAUUGCUAUCUUUGAUUUACAUGUAUAUAAUAACUUUAUAUACAUGUGUACAUGUAUGAGCUACAAUUUAACUCGCUUCAUGAAUUAUGUUGGCAUAAAGUAUCACAGUUCAUGCCCUCAAGGAUUUUCAAAAAUGAAAUUUGUUUUAAAGUAUAUAGUUAGUUAAAUACUUCAUUUGUAUGUUUGUGCUUGUGAACUUUGUAGAUUAUCAUUUGUUUCCUUUGCAGUUGUCACAUUAUUUUGAAUAGUCUGAUUUAUAUUUCACUAUCGAAAGUGCCAUCUGCAUAACAACUUAUUAUUAAAAGUAUGAUGAAUGUU